AUAGACAAAACAACUAUGGAUACAGAUUGCAAGUCUGAGCACGAAACAGAUUCGGAAGAGAAAGGGAAAUGGGCAUCCAAGUUUGAAUCACUGGUUGUCCUUCUGGGCUACUCUAUCGGAUUACCUGAGACUUGGAAGCUUCCAUUUUUAGUGUACAGAAAUGGAGGUGGUGCGUUUUUGAUCCCAUAUGGUAUUUUGAUUCUAUUCUGUGGGUAUCCACUUUACUUCAUGGAGCUUGCUCUAUCACAAUUUGCCGAUUCCGGACCAUGGAAGAUUUGGAAUAUUUGCCCAAUAUUAAGAGGUUUAGGAUUAUCCAUAGCAGUGAUCAACCUGCUCACAGUGUUAUUCGAUAACAUUGUACAGUGCUGGGCCAUAGAAUAUCUCGUAAACUCAUUCAGCUCUGUGUUACCAUGGACAACGUGUGAUAACCCCUGGAACACACUCGAGUGUACAACUUUCCUUAACAAUUCCAUCAACAAUUCGUCAUUGAACGCAUCAUUUCCAUUUUCUGAUAGAGCUGUUCAACCGACCUUGGGAAGUGUCUUGAAUAACGUCACUAAGCAUCCGGAUGAUGGGUUUACCGUGGAAAAUCCAUUGGUUCAGGUGUCUGCGGUAGAGGAAUUUUGGAAAUACAAAGUGCUGAGGUUAUCCACUGGUAUUGAAGACAUCGGUGACAUCAACGGAAUGUAUCUUUUAUACAUGGCUAUAAUAAAGAUAAUCGUCUGUUGUGCCAUAAUCAAGAGCGUGAAGACACUAGGAAAGAUGAUGGUUGUGACGGCCAUUCUACCGAUCUUUAUACUAAUUGCGAUCUUGGUUCGAGCUUUGACGUUGCCCGGAGCAGUUGACGGAAUGCUUUUUUUCAUCAAUCCGGACUUUUCCAAGUUGCUUAAUAUGCAGAUAUGGGUUGAGGCGGCCUUCAUAGCAUUCAACACUCUUGGACCGGGCUGGGGAGGGCUUAUGAUGAUUGGAUGCCACAACAAGUUCAACUACAACUGUCUAAGGGCCUCGUUGAUUUCUUCAUUGGCUGUGCUCUUCAUCGGUCUAUUUAAUGGUUUGGUUGUGUUUGCCACAGCCGGAGUUAUGGCGCAUGAAGCAGAAGUUCCUGUUGAUUCUGUCAUUACUUCCGGUGGAUUUUCAAUUGGGUUCGUUGCAUAUCCAAAGGCUUUGAGUUUCUUUCCAUUGCCGCAGGCCUGGUGUGUGUUGUUUUAUCUAGUCCUGAUACUACCAGGAAUCGACGCAUUAACAAUAAUGAUGGAGCCUUUCCUGUUAGUUUUGGAAGAAAUGUGCCCAAAGUAUCUACAUAACAAACGUCUGGCCCUUCUCGCAGUGACGACAAUUGUCACGUUCGUCGUCGGAAUCUUGUUUGUAACACAGGCCGGUGCUUACAUAUUCAUACUCGGUAUAUGGUAUAUAGGGACGUGGAAUAUAGUGUUGAUCUGUUUGAUUGAGGCUAUAGUGUUUGGAUGGGUGUAUGGAUGUAACCGUUUAGAUAAAGAUAUACGACUGAUGCUUGGUCGUCCCAUGCCAGCCCCUGUCAGGAUAAGUCUUGCAUUUGUAAUACCUAUAUUUCUAUCGGUGCUGCUGACGUUAAGUUUUGCUACGUAUCGUACCCCGACCUUCGGUAGUUAUGAGUAUCCAGGAUACGCAGCUGUUAUAGGCUGGCUAAUCACAUUAUCGACACUCACACCUGGAAUAGGAUAUGCAGUGUACACUGUAUCAACGACAAAGGGAAAUAUAAAACAGAGAUUUAAGAAGUCCGUUCGGCCAAACAACGACUGGGUGCCAACUAAGAGGAGCUGCAGAAAGCUUUGGAAAAAAGACAACCACAACAACAAGCUGACUUGGGCACAGCUGUUUUUAUAUAAUCUGAAGGGUGACAUUGGGCAUUCUGACUCCACUGCAUUCCAGAUGGAGGAACAACGAUCUCUCAAAACAUUUACAUAAUAAUCAUUUAUCAUACCGUUCUCAGCAAUAGUCUGUUUGAUUCGAUUUGUGAUUAACGGCGACAGCCAAUGAAGGUUUUAUUACAUAUAUGCAAGUGAGGAAACUUGAGCAUCUGUCAUUGGAUAGAUAAACUGCUGAAGGUUAAAAUAAACCAUUACGUUACAUUAAAACAGCAAUUUAGUUAGAGAAAUCUUGAAUUAGAUAAAUAAUGAGUCAAUAAGGGUACCUGUUCAUUAAAAGAGAAAAUUAAUAUUUUGUCUCUUAUAUAAUUUAAGACUCUAAAUUAGCCCAAACAUGUGAGAUAAAUAUACUUAUGUAUACAUAUGUCUCGGAAUCCCGAGGAACGGUACCCGGUUUAACUUUUAACUUUUGUGUAUUCCAUAUGCUACAUUUUGUAUGUCACGUUAUUUCAAAGUUUAUAAGGCAGAUAGCUAAUUGAGUUCAAAAUUGCGCUUUUGGCAUGGUUAUGUUCCAAAUAAUCAAGUGCCAAGAAGAAAGCUUUUCAACAGAAUAUAAAGAAGUAUAUAAUCCAGUAGACAAACGGAAAAAAGGAAGUUCAACUAGUUUACAGCUGUAACCUCUUUUUCAUAUUUUAAACCGCUAGUACACAUGCUUUGUAGGAUUGUAUCUGAGGAGUUAUAGAGGGGUCGGACAUGCUUGCAUCAAACAAUUUGGUUGACUUUCUUUUAAGGAUUUAAGGUUUAAGAUGCACUACUGUGUAGCGUCAAUUCUUCUCAAGUCACAUUCAUCUGCAUGGAAUAUUUAAAUGCCUAUUUAUAUACUAUUUGACCAUAGUUAGCUUUGAUUGAAUACUAGCUUUGAUUGAACAAUUGUUUGAUAAAGCUACUUUUUUUCUAUCUAAAUGUUUGUUGAACCACCCGGAAUGGAUUACCGUUAAAGGGAGAUAUGUAUUAUUAUGUUGUUGCCGUUUUUACUAAAUGUACAUACAUUAUAUUUCAAUAGGAUACAGCCGUUUUAAUCUCGCCAGAUUUAUAUUUACUGUAGUACUUUUGCAAUUAUCGCUAUAUUAUUUUUUUUUAAAUUAUCUGAAACAGCACGAAGAGUCAAAUAUGUCUUCCACCAAAGUCACUAAACAUUGUUCUUGACAAAUUUUAUAAAAUAAAGGUUUGUUUUCUAUUCUUAUGAAAAUCGAUGCCUCCUCUAUAUGAUAAACCACUUUGAAGCAAUGUCAGUGUAUUAUUAAUUCUGAAAACCAAACCCGUAUAGCACAUAAACCGCAUUACCAAUUCUUGAUUAUUGUCGAUGCAUCUACUAGUACAGGAUAUUGGCGAGAGUUUUAUUGGUUUUUUCCGUCUUUGUUGUUUGUUUUUUUAUUACAUAUAUGAUUUAUUGCUUUCAUAACUCUGGCAGGUUGCCAAAGUUGAUUGAAUUUCUAAAAUAGUGCAAUAAUUCGUACAACACGUUGUCAGAGCCUGCUAGUGUGACGUAGUAUUAGAAGGAACUCUGAGUUUCAAAAGGUUUUUAUUUUUAUUUAUUUAUUUUUUUUACGACACUUCGGAAACAAAUUCUUUAUUACUUUAUUUUUUUUUCUUUGUCCUCUUUAUUUAUGAAUUUAUAAAAUUAUAGAUGGUUUAUGUCGCAGUAGAUGCAAUGUUGCAGCAAUGUUGCGCAUGGAAAGGCGUUGAAACUAUUCUUCUGAGCCACACUGUUUGUUUAGUUUUAAAUUAUUUUUGUUUAGCAAAAUAUUUUCUAAAAGUAUCUCAUUUAAGGUGACAUCUCUUUUUCAAAGGUUUACCCGUAAUACAGAUUUUGCAAAGAAAAAGAUAAAAAUGAAUAAUCUUCAUUGAGCAAAUGGUUACACGGAGCUUCAUACUAAUUACGUUUAUAAUUCGUAUUGUUCAUGUUUGUAUGCACUUAUCUCAAUAGAAGUUUAAGCAAUAAGCACAGUCUUCUUGGAUUGAAGGAUAAAAUAAAAUGCUUUUAAGUGUGAAAUUAUUUAUCACUUGGUUCUAUUCAUCAGUAUGAUAUUUUGUGUGACUUAUUUGAUGUUUAUUCCAUAAUUAUCUUCUAGAUAUAAACAGAUGUACAUUCAAUAUAUACAACACUGCCAUUCAGAAUAAUUUUACAUGAUACAGUGCAUAAAGAAUUUUGUUUUUAUACGUUCUUGACAAAUGUUUUGAUAUUGCUAAUUCAUUUCUAUUUACAUCUAUGAACGUGUUGAGCAUAAUGAAAACAUACUUGUCUUUACAUCUUUCCAUUUUUUAAAGAUAUCUGCUGGUAAAUUUCUCCGAGCAUUACAUCAAAUUCGUAUUUGAAGUUUGCUUCCUUUGCGCAACUGACGACAUUUAAUCACAUAUAUUUCGUACUAUAUCGGGGUUACUAAAUGCAUCACGAGUUUCCUCACAGUACACUUCUUCAUUAACUUUGGUUAGAGGUUCUCCGGUAACCAAUAUAAAAGACGUUAUCUUAAUAUGACUCAGCUAUCCCAAGCUUCAAUAAAGGUUAAGGUUAUUUUCUACGAUGAAGUAACACAAAUCUGAUAUCUUUGUUUAUUCAUUCUUGUAUUUUUGUAUGGUAACUUUUAUACAGAAAUUAUUUUUUACAAAUUCUUUUAUUAUUUAAUUAAAAAUAAUAGUUUA